AUUUCACACAAGCAUCUCGUUAUACACCUACAAGGUCCAAGACCAGUCGUCGUAUCGCCGAGUCCAUUACCGUGAUCGCUAACAACCAUGCCUCUUGUCGUCCCAGGAGUCAACUUUCCCGUUAACAAGAGGUCCGAAUGGCUCGACAAGCUUAAGGGCAAGAGAUUCAUAGAGUCUGAAGAAGCAGCAACAGACGUAAAUUCCUUCACCCGGAAGGAUCUCCCCAAGGGCUGUCGAGUCGUCAAGCCUGGACAGGUAAUUACUAUGGACUUUAUAGAAGACCGACUGAACGUCAACUUGGAUGAGAAUAAUAUGGUUAAGGAUAUUGGCUUUUAUUAAGCCAGUGGAGCUGGAAUUCUGGUUUGUCUGAGACUAGAGAGCUACCUAUGCCCUUGUAACGAGUUAUGAAUUCCGUGAACU